GUCAAGACAUUCAGUUUUAUCAAUUGCUACAAGAAUUAUGUACUGGUCAACUGUCUGAAUUUUCUCAAACUCUCAUUCAACAAAAACUUACUUCACCCAAGACAGCCAUUAAUGCAAUUGAUACCACUCAUCUUGUGGGCUAUAAACACCUUGCAUAUAACAUUAAUUCAUCUAUAUGCAAUGCUUUACCUAGAGAUGAAAAAUAUCCCACACCAAUAUAUUUCUCUGCUGAAGAUUACAUGAAUGAGAGACAACUUGAAACAGGAGAUUAUGAGUCUCUUUUCUGUCAUCAUACAAAUCUUCCAAUAGAUUUGACUCUUUGUAUUGGAGCUCAGACAUAA